AGCGAACGCUGCCAGACUUGCAGUGCAUUAAAUAACAGUGAACUCAUCGGUUGCGGUCCACUAGUAGACGAAUCUUCAAUCCGAAAACAAGUGCCAUUUUAAGCCCGCAAAAAAAAACCCAACCAUUUCGAAGCGAACUCUCAUCGAUAGAGCCGUGUGAGUGACAAGUGCGACAUAACAUUUUUUAACCUUUGCAUGUUAUAUAUUUUUUUUGUUUGUGGACUGUUGCAAUUUUGUGUUGAGUGACAAACUGGGAAAAAAUUAACAGUUGUUUGUGAAUGAUAAUUUUGUUUUACUGUAAAAUCGAACAGAUAAUUUGAACUUUGAUUUCUGUGUCCCGGUUUAAGUUUGUGAACAAAACAGAUUUGUUUGAAUAGAUAGGAAUAACCGAAUUUCCGGAGGCUGUGCAUUGGAUAUUUCUGCAAGGAGAGCACGAUUUGAAUUGUGAACUACCACCCCUCAGCUUUAAAGGAUAAUUGAACGUUUUUUUGGUUUUCGCGUUAUUUUCGAAAUAAAUUAGUCCUUCUGAAAUGACUAUCCUAACCAGUGCCACAAAGAGCGGCCGCUCAACCUCGAGCUCCUCGGUAACCCGUAAGAAGACCAGCACUGUCGUCCGCAAAAGUACACAAAUUCGUACCGCGUAAUGGGUGGAUUCGAGCAGCGCCCCUGGACACCAACGAAGCGCCGCGGUCCCAUCGCUGCGGAACAUCGAGGCCCUGGACCACAGUAUCUGUUACCGCAGCUGCUAGGUACCCGAGUGGUGGAUUCGAAGCGGGCUGCGGCACCCGCGUACAGCUUUGGCCAGCGUCAUCGACCCCGGACGGAGUCCUUCAGUCCCGGCCCGCUGUACAACAUCACCGGUCUCGGCUGCAAGGGCAAAGACACUCCCCCUGCCUACUGUCUGCAGAGCCGACCCAAGGAGAUUCCCAAGUACCUCACCCCCGCACCCGGAGAGUACAACGUGGAGAAGGCGGACAAGAUGCUAGUCAAGUCGGCCCCCCGAUACACCUUCGGGGUGAAAAAACCACCCAAAUCGACCAGUGAAACACCAGCUCCGUGUGAUUAUAAGCCAGAAAAAGUAGUACUAGAUAGCACACCUAAGUUUUCAUUUGGCAUCAGGCCGGAAGUAAAAAUUCGUAGUGAAACGCCAGCUCCUGGUACCUACUCUCCGGAAAAAAUAUUGCAAGACAAAUCACCAAAGUUUAGCUUUGGCCUUAAAGUUAUCCCCGAGAAGCACGAAGAUACGCCUGCACCCGGAGCUUAUCAACCGGAAAAAUCUAGCCUAGCUCUCGACCGCAAACCAGCCUACUCCUUUGGUCUACGAACAAUCAUUGAGAAACCCAGUAAUACACCUGCUCCAGGAGCAUAUGAACCCGAGAAAGCUAAAAUAGAUAACACACCAUCCUACAGUUUCGGAAUAAGGCCUAAUCUCGAUAAGCCUAACACCAAUCCGGCACCCUGUCAGUACGAGCCAGAGAAGGCCAAACUCGACCACUCACCCGCAUUCGCAUUCGGCAUGCGUAUCAAUCACGCGAAACCAAGCGACACACCCGCUCCCACGGCUUACGCUGUAGAGAAAGUAAACCUAGAUCAUAACCCCGCUUACAGCUUCGGCCAUCGAACGAACACCGACAAACCUAACAGCAAUCCGGCUCCGGGGGCCUACUCCCCGGAAAAGGUCAACCAGGAUGGGGCGCCGAAGUAUAGCUUCGGUAUCAGAUCGACAAUCGACCGAGUGGACGCCGUUCCUGCCCCAGGGGCAUAUUCUCCCGAAAAGGCCAAAUUAGAUAGCAGUCCUGCGUACAGUUUUGGAGCGCGAAAUAAUCUUGAGAAACCGAGUACAAUCCCCGGUCCGGGGGCAUACGAUACCGAUAAAAUAGCGGAGAACACUCCAGCUUAUAGUUUUGGAGUAAAGACGAACGUUAACAAACCUAAUAAUGUUCCGGGACCGGGGACUUAUAAUACGAAUACCGACAACAAUACACCUACAUAUAGCUUCGGAUUAAAGUGUAAUGUUUCGAAACCUAACAAUAUACCAGGGCCAGGAGCAUACGAUGCUGAGAAGAUGCUCGAUAAGAGCACUCCAUCAUACAGUUUUGGCGUCAAAACCAAUCUCGAAAAGCCAAACAGCAUCCCUGGACCAGGUGCCUACGACUCCGACAAAACAAUUGAUAAAACUCCAGCAUACAGUUUUGGAGUCAAAACUAAUCUCGAUAAGCCAAAUAACAUCCCUGGACCAGGAUCAUAUGACGCCGAGAAGGUGCUCGACAAAAGUACUCCAGCAUACAGUUUUGGGGUUAAAACCAAUCUCGAUAAACCAAACAGCAUUCCUGGGCCAGGUGCUUACGAUUCUGACAAAACAAUUGAUAAAACUCCAGCGUACAGCUUCGGAGUGAAAACAAACGUUGAGAAAAAGGAUAUCGUACCCGGUCCGGGAGCAUACAACAAUGAUAAAAUUGUCGAAAAAAUCACACCCGCGUACAGUUUUGGUGUGAAAACGAAGGGGUCAAAAAUCAGCGAGACCCCUGCUCCUGGUUCAUAUUCCCCUGAAAAGUGCACCCUCGAUCACGCACCUCAAUACAGCUUUGGAGUGAGACCCAAUCUGGAUAAAACUGACCCAACACCUGCACCUGGCGCCUAUUGCCCGGAGAAGAUGAAAAUUCACAAUCCUGCAUUCACUUUCGGAGUGAGACCUAACAUCGACAGGAUUGAAGUCACUCCUGCGCCUGGUGCUUACAAACCUGAGGCUGUGAAGUUGGACCAUGGGCCGUCUUAUCCUUUUGGUAUCAAAGUUAAUCGGGAGAAGGUGAACGAUGUGCCAGCGCCCGGAACCUACAAUCCAGACAAAUCGAAACUUGAUCACUCUCCUGCCUACACAUUUGGUAUUAAGCACAAAGGCGAACGGCUGAAAGAUACUCCAGCUCCUUCUGCGUAUGAACCGGAAAAGUUCAAAGUCGAUUCAACGCCCGCGUUCACGUUCGGCGUGAAGGUAAAUUGUGAAAAACUCAGUGAUAGCCCAGUAUCCCCCACGACAACCAUAAUGAGCAACGGCAGCGACGACGGCACCAUCACCAUCAACCGUUCCGAUUCGAACGCCACCUCUACGGCACUGAUGGCGAAUGGCGGCACUGUUGCACUGCAACAACAGAGUAGCGCCAGUGCUAAGAGCACUUCCCACAAUCAGCAGCAACAGCAGAGCCAGACGCAGGUGGUCACCAACGGAAACACGAUAACCACCACAACGACCAGUGGCAGCGUCAAGGUGACCCGAGGUCGCACAACUGUUUGCGAAGAACGGGUCACGGCGACCAAUGGAGUCGUCGGAGCGGACGGAAAGACUACUACGACCGUAGUGACCUCCGUGACCGAUGACAAUAUGGUUCCUAACUGUAUCGCUGGUGUAAAGUCACUGCAGAACGUGCAGCAUCAGCGAAUGGUGUGCACUGGACACUUUAGAGCUUAAAGAUUUAUCUCGUUUUCAUUGACGAUUCCCUUUCCCAAUUCUCAUUUUAAUAUUUGUUUGUGUUUUGUUAACUUGUUAAAUAUUUGUUAGCCUCCUAGAAGUAGCUUCUGUCGCUUUUUAUUUGAUCCAGUAUAUUCAGUGCUGCACUUAUCUAGUUUCUCGAGAAAUAGUUUUGAAUGUUCUGUAGUUAGUGUUCUAUGAUCUGAAACUUCGAAUUUCGUCAUAAGUUUCAAGCCCCUAAUGAGUAUCACAUCCCUGACGUGCUCGGUUCAAGCAAAGAAGGCCCGAUCCGGUCUGCACCCGCCUACACGAUUACAGGCCGCCAGAAACCGCGACUUCCACAAUGUAUCACUUUCCCUGGUCCCGGCCAUUA